AUGGACGACCUUCGGGUGCUGUGGAUGCGUGACCGCGUGAACGCCGCCUUGGACCUCUCGGACCCGCAGCUAUUCGAGGACCUGAUGAACCGCGAUGACGGCGAGGGGGAGGAGGUCGUCCUGCACUUUCUCAACCAGAUGAGCGAAGAGGAGUGCGCCUCCACGAUCUUCUUCUACCGCGCCCUGGUGCCAGAGGAGGUGGAGGAGGAGAUGGGUGAGCUGCGCCCAGCGUCUGAAGAGGAGACUGGAGAGGAAGACACUGAUUCUCAGAAAGCCGAGGCCAUGGAAAAAGGGCCAGCUAAGAAAGCGAAGGGGAGAAACAGCUCUGUAACGCCAUCUGUAUUCGGUGAUGAGGAGGAAGAGGUAGACAAAGAGAAUUCAGACAAACUCUCCAGUAAGAGGUUCGUGAAACGCAUCGUGAACAGGUUGUACCUUCGUGUGCUCUGCACACCAGUUCCUGAGGAGUUUAUGGACCAGAAUGUGGUGUAUUUUCUCAGAAACACAAAAGAGUCAAUCUCUGAAGCUAGCUACAUGAAGGAGGCGAUGGAAACCAUGCCAGAAACCCUGGAGUAUGGGGUUAUCAAUAGUCGUGUGCUCCAAUUCCUGAGGGAUACCAUAUGCCAGGUUUUUAUGCCCGCACUGUCCUUCAAUCAGCACAAGACAGACUCGUCCUCAACAGAAAGCCCUGACUUCUCUGAGGCUGAGGUGGCGACUGCCAGUGUGCCUGGGGAGACAAUGGAGUACCACAGUGUGCAGAUGAUCCGCGAUGAGUUCUUAAUGAACAUCCAGAAGUUUGCAAACAACAUUCAGAGGACGAUGCAGCAACUUGAAGGUGAGAUCAAGUUAGAAAUGCCAACUGUCAACAUAGAAGGACCAGUGUCUGAGCUGGCAGCUAACCCAGAAAUGGUUGAGGCCCUGGAACAGUGUGUGAUAAACUGGUUGGGUCAGAUAUCUUCAGCCAUUGAGGGUCAGCUGAAGAAGACACCCCAGGGCAAUGGUCCCCUAGCUGAAAUUGAAUUCUGGCGGGAAAGGAAUGCAACCUUAAGUGCACUGUAUGAGCAAACGAAACUUCCAAUAGUCAAAAAAGUCUUGGAAGUGAUCAAGGAAGCGGACUCAAUGCUUGUGGCCAAUGUGCAGCCUGUCCUGACGGAGCUGUUCAAGUUCCACAUGGAGGCCUCAGACAAUGUGCGCUUCCUGUCCACUGUGGAGCGCCACUUCAAGAACAUCACUCACGGCUCCAAUUUCCACGUGGUCCUGGACACCAUCCCGUCCAUGAUGAGCGCACUGCGGAUGGUGUGGAUCAUCUCGCGGCACUACAACAAGGACGAGAGGAUGAUCCCACUCAUGGAGCGCAUCGCCUGGGAGAUCGCGGAGCGCGUGUGCAAGGUGGUGAAUCUGCGCACUUUGUUCAAGGAGAACCGAGCAAGUGCGCAACACAAAACUAUGGAUGCCAGGAACACCCUGAAGAUGUGGAAGAAGUCCUACUUCGACAUUCGGGCCAAGAUCGAGGCUUCUGGCCGAGAAGCACGAUGGGAGUUUGACCGGAAACGGUUGUUUGAGAGAACAGACUAUAUGGCUACCAUCUGCCAGGAUCUCUCUGAUGUCCUACAGGUCAUGGAAGAAUUUUAUAACAUAUUUGGCCCAGAGCUCAAGGCUGUGACAGGUGACCCCAAACGCAUUGAUGAUGUCCUUUGUAGAGUGGACAGCCUGGUCACUCCGAUGGAAAGCCUGACCUUUGACCCCUUUAGCAUCAAGUCGUCCCCAUACUGGAAAUAUGUAAUGGAUGACUUCAAGAUCGAGGUGCUGGUUAUUGAGAAAGAAGCAAAAAAUUUUAUUGACGAGUCUUUCAAGACACUUCGAUCGGCAGAAGCAGCAUUUGACAUGCUUUUAAAAUUUAAGCAUAUCCGUUCACGGGAGGCCAUCAACCGACAAAUGAUGAUGAAAUUUAAUGAUAUCCUUGCUCAAUACUGUAAGGAGAUCGACAUAGUCAAUAAGAUCUUUGUCCAGAACCUGGAUAAUCCCCCGCUAUACAAGAACCAUCCUCCGGUGGCUGGUGCCAUUUAUUGGGAACGGUCCUUGUUCCACAGGAUCAAGCACACCAUUCUCCGGUUCCAGGAGGUUGAGGAGAUCCUGGACAGUGACCGGGGCCGGGAGGUGAAGCAGAAGUACCUGGAAGUGGGCAGGACGAUGAAGGACUAUGAAGAUCGCAAGUACGAGCAAUGGAAAGAGGCCACAGAGCAGAUGCUCCCCAACCUCAUGAAGAAGAGUCUGCUCACCAAGAUGUCCACCGUGGCUGAGGAGGUCCCCUCGGUGGAGAAGGGGGCUGUGUUUGUCCUGAAUUUCUCUCCUAGUCUCAAGGAGAUAAUUAAUGAAGCCAAGUACUUGGAGCAGCUGGGAUUUGCUGUGCCAGAGCUGGCAAGGAACAUUGCCCUCCAGGAAGACAAAUUUCUCAGGUACACGGAUGGUAUCCAGCGCAUGCUGGACCACUACCACCAGCUCAUCAGCACGCUGAACGAUGCGGAGACCUUACUGCUGGACAACCAUGCCCAGGAGCUGCUCAGGGUUUUCCGAUCUGGAUACAAGAGGCUCAACUGGAACUCACUAGGGAUUGCUGACUACAUCAGUCGGUGCAAACAGGCCAUUGGGAAGUUCGAGUCUCUUGUGCAUCAGAUUCAUAAGAAUGCUGACGACAUUGCUUCCCGGCUUGCGCUGAUAGAGGCCGUCAACCUUUUUAAGUACCCGAUUCCUAAGUGUGAGGAAGACCUCCCAGGUGUGAAGGAAUUCUUUGAGCACAUUGAGCGAGAGAGGACCAAAGAUGUGGACCACAUGGUCCGGUGGUACCUGGCCAUCGGGCCUCUGCUGACCAAGGUUGAGGGCCUAGUGGUACACACCAACACGGGCAGGUCCCCCAAGCUGGCCUCCUACUAUGAGUACUGGGAAGGCAGGAUCUACGACGUCCUAAUAAAGCUCAUCUUGAAGAACUUGCAGUCAUUCAAUUCGCUCAUCCUUGGCCACGUCCCUCUGUUCCAAGCGGAAACCAUUUUGACAGCCCCUGAGAUCAUCCUCCAUCCCAAUGCCAGUGAGAUCGACAAGCUGUGUGUCCACUGUGCUCGCAGCUGUGUGGAAGUCACCAAGCAUUUUGUCCGCUGGAUGAACGGCAGCUGCAUAGAAUGUCCACCUCAGAAGGGGGAAGAAGAAGAAGUGGUGAUCAUAAGCUUCUUUGCCGACAUCUCCCUGAACCCUCAGAUCAUUGAUCAAGCCGUGAUGAUCCCCCAAAACGUACACAGGCUUCUGGUUAACUUGAUGAAGUACUUGCAGAAAUGGAAGCGCUACCGGCCCCUCUGGAAGCUGGACAAGUCUAUCGUCAUGGAGAAGUUCGCGGCCAAGAAGCCUCCCUGUGUGGCCUAUGACGAGAAGCUACAGUUCUACUCCAAGAUUGCCGCCGAUGUGAUGCGCUACCCACUUGUCAAGGAUGAGCACUGCAUCCGGCUGCAGCUCGGGCCUCUGGCCAACACUGUGCAGGAAAAUGCCAAGUCCUGGGUGAUUUCUCUUGGGAAACUUCUCAACGAGUCUGCCAAGGAGGAGCUCUUUAACCUCCGGGAUGAGAUUGAGCACCUGAGCAAAAAUCUCAAGAAGAGCCCCAGCACCCUUGAAGAUCUCAAGUUCGUUCUCGCAACAAUCGCAGAAAUUCGAACAAAAUCUUUAGUCACGGAACUGAGAUACAGGGACAUUCAGGAGCGAUACCGUACCAUGGAGAUAUAUAACAUCUUUGCCACUGAGGCCGAGCGCGAGCUAGUUGAGAAGAUUGAGAGCAUGUGGCUAAAUCUCUUUCACGAGUCAGUGACUGUGGAACACACACUUGGGAGCAUAAAGAGAACAUUCACGGAGAUUACUCGUGGUGAAAUAAUGAACUACAGAAGCCAGUUGGAGGAGUUUGCGAAGCGUUUCUACCUCCAAGGCCCAGGAUCUGUCGGUGAUGACCUUGAUAAAGGAUCAGAACUCCUAGGCAGCUUUGAGAGAGAGCUGGCAAAAUAUGAGAAGAGCCGCCAGGAGCUGGCUAAUGCAGAGAAACUCUUCGAUCUCCCCAUUACGAUGUACCCGGAGCUGCUCAAAGUGCAGAAGGAGAUGACCGGGAUGAGGCUGGUUUACGACCUCUAUGAGGCACUGAAGGUUGCAAAAGAAGAAUGGUCACAGACUCUGUGGGCCAACCUAAAUGUCCAGUAUCUCCAGGAAGGAAUCGAUGGUUUUCUCAAGAGCCUCCGGAAGCUGCCACGAGAUGUCCGUAGCUUGUCUGUGGCGUUCCAUUUGGAAACAAAAAUGAAGGCAUUCAAGGACUCCAUUCCUUUACUCCUGGAUUUGAAACAUGAGGCACUCAGAGAAAGGCACUGGAAAGAACUUAUGGAGAAAACUGGUGUCUUCUUUGAAAUGACCGAAACAUUCACGCUGGAAAACAUGUUUGCCAUGGAACUUCACAAGCAUACAGAGGUCCUCAGUGAGAUUGUCAUGGCUGCAGUCAAGGAGGUUGCCAUUGAGAGGGCUGUGAAGGAAAUCCUAGACACCUGGGAGAACAUGAAGUUCACCGUGGUCAAGUAUUACAAGGGCACGCAGGAACGUGGCUACGUCUUGGGGUCUGUGGACGAGAUCAUCCAGUGUUUGGAUGACAACACUGUGAACCUUCAGAGCAUCUCGGGGAGCAGAUUUGUGGGGCCUUUCCUGCAAACCGUUCACAAAUGGGAAAAGACACUGUCUCUAAUAGGAGAGGUCAUUGAGAUCUGGAUGCUGGUUCAAAGAAAAUGGAUGUAUCUUGAGAGUAUUUUUAUUGGUGGAGAUAUAAGAUCACAACUUCCAGAAGAGGCGAAGAAGUUUGACAACAUUGACAAGAUAUUUAAAAGGAUCAUGGCUGAGACCUUAAAAGACCCAGUGAUCAAACGGUGCUGCGAGACCCCGAACCGCCUCUACGACCUGCAGACCAUCAGUGAGGGCCUGGAGAAGUGUCAGAAGAGCCUGAACGACUACCUGGACUCCAAGAGGAACGCCUUCCCGAGGUUCUUCUUCAUCUCCGAUGAUGAGCUGCUCAGCAUCCUGGGUAACAGUGACCCACUCUGCGUCCAGGAGCACAUGAUCAAGAUGUAUGACAACAUAGCCAUGCUGAGGUUCCAUGAUGGGGACAGUGGGGAGAAGCUGGUAUUGGCAAUGGUCUCCGCAGAAGGAGAAGUCAUGAACUUUCGGAAGGUCAUCCGGGCCGAGGGUCGCGUGGAAGACUGGAUGACGGCUGUGCUGCAUGAAAUGAGAAGGACCAACAGACUCAUCACCAAAGAAGCCAUCUUCAGAUACUGUGAAGACAGAAGCAGAGUGGACUGGAUGCUCCUGUACCAAGGUAUGGUGGUGCUGGCCGCCAGCCAGGUGUGGUGGACUUGGGAGGUGGAGGAUGUCUUCCAUAAGGUCCAGGCAGGAGACAAGCAGGCCAUGAAAAACUACGGCAAGAAGAUGCACCAGCAAAUUGAUGAUCUGGUCACGCGGAUCACCAUGUCCUUGAGCAAAAACGACAGGAAGAAGUACAAUACAGUUCUCAUCAUUGAUGUGCACGCCAGGGACAUUGUUGAUUCUUUCAUCCGAGGCAGCAUCCUUGAGGCCCGGGAGUUCGAGUGGGAAAGCCAGCUGCGGUUUUACUGGGACCGUGAGCCUGACGAGCUGAACAUCCGCCAGUGCACAGGGACCUUCAGCUAUGGCUAUGAGUACAUGGGCCUGAACGGGAGGCUGGUCAUCACGCCCCUCACAGACCGCAUCUACCUGACGCUCACACAGGCCCUGUCCAUGUAUCUGGGUGGCGCCCCUGCUGGUCCAGCAGGCACUGGCAAAACAGAGACUACCAAAGACCUCGCUAAAGCCCUGGGCCUGCUGUGUGUGGUCACUAACUGUGGUGAAGGCAUGGAUUACAAAGCUGUGGGGAAGAUCUUCUCUGGCCUUGCCCAGUGUGGGGCAUGGGGCUGCUUUGACGAGUUUAACCGGAUCGACGCGUCUGUGCUGUCUGUCAUCUCAUCUCAGAUCCAGACCAUCCGAAACGCUUUGAUCCAUCAGCUGACCACAUUCCAGUUUGAAGGUCAGGAGAUCACCAUGGACUCACGCAUGGGCAUCUUCAUCACCAUGAACCCUGGCUAUGCAGGCCGCACGGAGCUGCCCGAGUCAGUGAAGGCCCUGUUCAGGCCUGUGGUUGUCAUUGUGCCUGACCUACAGCAGAUCUGUGAGAUCAUGCUCUUCUCUGAGGGCUUCCUGGGUGCCAAGACACUGGCCAAGAAGAUGACUGUCCUGUACAAGCUGGCCCGGGAGCAGCUGUCUAAGCAGCAUCAUUACGACUUCGGGCUCCGGGCCCUGAAAUCCGUUCUUGUCAUGGCUGGCGAGCUGAAGAGAGGCUCCUCUGACCUGCAGGAGGAUGUGGUGCUGAUGAGAGCACUGCGGGACAUGAACCUGCCCAAGUUUGUGUUUGAGGACGUCCCUCUCUUCCUGGGCCUCAUUUCUGACCUGUUCCCGGGACUGGACUGUCCCCGUGUGCGCUACCCUGACUUCAAUGAUGCUGUGGAGCAGGUACUGGAGGAGAGUGGCUACACGCUCCUGCCAAUCCAGGUAGAUAAAGUGGUUCAAAUGUUCGAGACCAUGCUAACCCGCCACACUACGAUGAUAGUGGGACCCACAGGAGGGGGCAAGUCCGUGGUCAUUAAUGCUCUGUGUCAGGCCCAGACCAAGCUUGGGGUGAUAACGAAGCUGUAUAUCCUGAACCCCAAAGCUGUGAGUGUCAUAGAGCUCUAUGGCAUCCUGGACCCCUCCACCCGAGAUUGGACAGAUGGGGUACUAUCCAACAUCUUCAGGGAGAUCAACAAGCCAACGGAUAAAAAGGAGCGGAAAUAUAUUUUGUUUGAUGGUGAUGUGGAUGCUCUGUGGGUGGAAAACAUGAAUUCUGUGAUGGAUGACAACAAGCUCUUGACCUUGGCCAACGGGGAGCGCAUCCGGCUUCAAGCACACUGUGCUCUGCUCUUUGAGGUUGGAGAUUUACAGUAUGCCUCUCCUGCAACAGUGUCUCGAUGUGGAAUGGUUUAUGUGGACCCUAAAAACUUGAAAUAUCAACCAUACUGGAAAAGAUGGGUCAAUCAAAUCCAAAACAAGGUGGAACAAAGGGACUUAAACACCCUCUUUGAGAAGUAUGUGCCCUCUCUCAUUGACAUGAUCGUGGAAGGGAUAGUGGAUGGAAGACAGGGAGAGAAGCUGAAGAUGAUCGUCCCUCAGACAGACCUCAAUAUGGUGACUCAGUUAACCAAAAUACUGGAUGCGCUACUGGAAGGAGAGGUGGAGGACCCUGACCUCUUGGAGUGCUUCUUCUUGGAGGCUCUGUACUGCUCGCUGGGCGCCACCCUGCUGGACGAUGAGAGGGCUAAAUUUGAUGAGCUGGUCAAAAGCCUUGCAUCUCUGCCCACCGCGGACUCUGAAGAGACUUGGGCCCAUUCUGGAGAACUGCCAGGACAACUUCCGACCAUGUAUGACUUUCAUUACGACCCCAAACGGAACCAGUGGAUCCCGUGGAGUAAGCUAGUUCCUGAGUAUGUUCAUGACCGUGAGAAGAAAUUUGUCGACAUCCUAGUUCACACGGUGGAUACAACUCGCAUCACCUGGAUUUUGGAACAAAUGGUGAAAAUCAAACAUCCUGUUCUUCUUGUGGGAGAGUCUGGCACUUCUAAGACAGCCACUACCCAGAACUUCCUCAAAAAUCUGAAUGAAGAGACCAAUAUUGUGUUAAUGGUCAGUUUCUCUUCCCGCACCACAUCCCUGGAUAUCCAAAGAAAUCUGGAAGCAAAUGUGGAAAAGAGAACCAAAGAUACUUAUGGUCCACCCAUGGGGAAACGCCUGCUGGUGUUCAUGGAUGACAUGAAUAUGCCGAAGGUGGAUGAAUAUGGCACACAACAGCCAAUCGCCUUGUUGAAGUUGCUGCUGGAGAAAGGCUUCCUGUAUGACCGUGGGAAGGAGCUCAAUUGCAAGAGCAUCCGGGACCUGGGCUUUGUUGCUGCCAUGGGCAAGGCUGGAGGUGGCCGCAAUGAAGUUGACCCAAGGUUCAUGUCACUGUUCAGUGUCUUCAAUGUCCCAUUCCCAUUGGAGGAGUCUCUGCACCUCAUCUACUACUCCAUCCUAAAAGGCCACACCUCGACCUUUUAUGAGAGCAUUGCUGCGGUGAGCAAAAGGCUGACGUUGUGCACACUGAUACUUUACAAAAAUAUUAUCCAGGAUCUACCUCCCACCCCUUCAAAGUUCCAUUACAUCUUCAACCUUCGUGACCUUUCACGGGUUUUUAAUGGCCUCGUCCUCACUAAUCCACAGCGGUUCCAGACAGUGGCCCAGAUGGUGAGAGUGUGGAGAAACGAGUGUCUACGGGUUUUCCACGACCGAUUGAUCAAUGAAAUCGACAAGAAGCUGGUGCAAGAUCACAUAGGAGACCUGGUCAGGAGCCAUUUUAAUGAGGACUGGGAGACAGUGAUGAGGGAUCCCAUACUGUUUGGAGACUUCCGGAUGGCUCUGCAUGAGGGGGAGCCUCGAGUGUAUGAAGACAUCCAGGACUACGAGGCGGCCAAAGCUCUGUUUCAGGAAAUUCUUGAGGAGUAUAAUGAGUACAACACCAAGAUGAACUUGGUCCUUUUUAACGAUGCACUGGAGCACCUGACCCGUGUCCACCGCAUCAUUCGGAUGGACCGAGGCCACGCCCUGCUGGUGGGUGUGGGUGGCUCCGGGAAGCAGUCUCUUGCGAGGCUGGCUGCAUUCACCGCUGGCUACCAGGUGUUCGAGAUCUUGCUGAGCCGAGGCUACUCGGAGAACAACUUCCGGGAAGAUCUAAAGAGCCUGUACCUGAAGCUGGGGAUCGAGAACAAGUUGAUGAUCUUCCUGUUCACUGAUGCUCAUGUGGCCGAGGAGGGCUUCCUGGAGCUCAUCAACAACAUGCUGACCUCAGGGAUUGUCCCCGCGCUGUUCCCUGAAGAUGAAAAGGAGUCUAUCCUUAGUCAGGUCAUGCAGGAGGCUUUGAAGCAUGGCAUGGGUCCUGCCAAAGAGUCCGUGUGGCAAUACUUUGUGGCCAAGAGUGCCAACAACCUGCACAUUGUCCUGGGCAUGUCACCAGUGGGAGACACCCUGAGGACCCGCUGCAGGAAUUUUCCAGGUCUGGUGAAUAACACUGGCAUCGACUGGUUCAUGCCCUGGCCUCCCCAGGCCCUGCAUGCAGUUGCCAAGUCGUUCUUAGGGGAUAAUAUGAUGAUCCCAGCAGAACAUAUAAUAGACCUGGUAGAGCACGUGGUCUUGGUCCACCAAUCUGUGGGUGAAUUCAGCCAACAGUUUCUCCAGAAACUGAGACGCAGCAACUAUGUAACGCCUAAGAAUUACCUGGAUUUUAUUAACACAUAUUCAAAAUUGCUGGACGAGAAAACACAGUAUAACAUAGCUCAGUGCAAGCGUCUAGAGGGAGGGCUGGACAAGCUGAAGGAGGCCACCGUCCAACUGGAUGAGCUGAACCAGAAGCUAGCCGAGCAGAAGAUCGUGCUGGCCGAGAAAUCGGCUGCCUGUGAAACCCUGCUGGAAGAGAUUGCCACCAACACAGCCAUAGCGGAGGAGAAGAAGAAGUUGGCAGAGGAGAAGGCCAUGGAAAUAGAGGAACAGAACAAAGUCAUUGCGGUGGAGAAGGCCGAGGCCGAGACGGCCCUGGCUGAGGUCAUGCCCAUCCUAGAGGCCGCCAAGUUGGAGCUGCAGAAGCUGGACAAGUCAGACGUGACUGAGAUCAGGUCAUUUGCGAAGCCCCCGAAGCAGGUGCAGACGGUCUGUGAGUGCAUCCUCAUCAUGAAAGGCUACAAGGAGCUCAACUGGAAAACCGCCAAGGGCAUGAUGUCCGACCCCAACUUCCUGCGGUCCCUCAUGGAAAUCGACUUUGAUUCCAUUUCCCAGAGUCAAGUGAAGAACAUCAAAAGCCUCCUGAAGACGCUUAAUACCACAAUUGAGGAAAUGGAAGCUGUGAGCAAGGCAGGGCUGGGCAUGCUCAAGUUUGUUGAGGCCGUCAUGGGCUACUGCGAUGUGUUCAGAGAAAUCAAGCCCAAAAGAGAAAAGGUAGCCAGGCUGGAGCGGAACUUCUACUUAACCAAACGGGAACUUGAAAAAAUCCAGAAUGAGUUGGCAGCAAUCCAGCAAGAACUGGAGGCUCUGGGGGCCAAGUACGAGGCAGCCAUCCUGGAGAAGCAGAAGUUGCAGGAAGAGGCUGAGAUCAUGGAGAGACGGCUGAUUGCUGCUGACAAACUCAUCUCAGGCCUAGGCUCAGAAAAUAUCAGGUGGCUGAAUGACCUGGAUGAGCUGAUGCACCGGCGAGUGAAGCUGCUGGGGGACUGCUUGCUCUGCUCAGCCUUCCUGAGCUAUGAGGGUGCCUUCACUUGGGAGUUCCGUAACGAGAUGGUCAAUGUGGUGUGGCAGAAUGACAUCCUAGACCGGGAGAUCCCCCUGAGCCAGCCCUUCCGGCUAGAGAACCUGCUCACGGAUGAUGUUGAGAUCAGCAGGUGGGGUUCACAGGGACUACCCCCAGAUGAACUCUCCGUGCAGAAUGGUAUCCUCACCACCCGAGCCAGCCGCUUUCCCCUGUGCAUCGACCCCCAGCAGCAGGCCCUCAGCUGGAUCAAGAGGAAGGAAGAGAAGAACAAUCUGCGGGUUGCAUCCUUCAAUGACCCUGACUUCCUCAAGCAGCUAGAGAUGUCCAUAAAGUAUGGGACCCCUUUCCUAUUCCACGAUGUGGAUGAAUACAUAGACCCUGUGAUUGACAAUGUCCUGGAAAAAAAUAUCAAGUUUUCGCAAGGCCGGCAGUUCAUCAUUCUGGGGGACAAGGAAGUUGACUAUGAUUCCAAUUUCCGGCUGUAUCUCAACACCAAGCUGGCCAACCCCCGAUACUCCCCAUCAGUGUUCGGAAAGGCCAUGGUCAUCAACUACACUGUCACAUUGAAGGGCCUGGAGGACCAGCUGCUGAGUGUGCUGGUGGCAUAUGAGAGACAUGAGCUGGAGGAGCAGCGGGAGCACCUCAUCCAGGAGACAAGCGAGAACAAGAACCUGCUAAAGGACCUGGAGGACUCCUUGUUGCGGGAGCUGGCCACCUCUACUGGGAACAUGCUGGACAAUGUGGAGCUGGUGCACACGCUGGAGGAGACCAAGUCCAAGGCCAUGGAGGUGUCAGAGAAGCUUAAGCUGGCAGAGAAAACAGCCCUGGACAUCGACAGGCUACGUGAUGGGUACCGGCCAGCUGCCAGGCGUGGUGCCAUCCUCUUCUUUGUGCUGUCUGAGAUGGCGCUUGUGAAUUCCAUGUACCAGUACUCACUCAAUGCCUUCCUGGACGUCUUUGCACUGUCUCUGAAGAAGUCACUGCCAGAUUCCAUCCUCAUGAAGCGACUCCGGAACAUUAUGGACACUCUGACCUUCAACAUCUACAACUAUGGCUGCACAGGGCUGUUUGAGAGGCACAAGCUCCUCUUCUCUUUCAACAUGACCAUCAAGAUAGAGCAGGCCGAGGGGAGAGCCCCCCAGGAAGAGCUGGACUUCUUUUUGAAAGGAAACAUCUCCCUGGAGAAAAGCAAACGGAAGAAGCCCUGUGCCUGGCUGCCUGACCAGGGCUGGGAAGACAUCAUUCUCUUAUCAGAACAGUUUUCAAAUGACUUUGGGAUGCUUCCUGAUGAUGUUGAGCACCAUCUCCCACUCUGGCAGGAUUGGUAUGAUCUGGAUUCACUGGAGCAGUACCCGUUCCCCCUGGGUUACGAUAACAAGGUCACCCCUUUCCAGAAGUUGUUAAUUUUGCGCUGUUUCCGUUUGGACCGGGUGUACCGGGCAGUGACCGAUUAUGUGACUCUCACCAUGGGAGAGAAGUAUGUGCAGCCCCCAAUGAUCAGCUUUGAAGCUAUUUUUGAGCAGAGCACCCCCAACUCUCCCAUUGUGUUCAUCCUGAGCCCUGGCUCUGACCCUGCCAGUGACCUUAUGAAGCUGGCUGAGCGAAGUGGUUUUGGAGGAAAUCGCCUCAAGUUCCUUGCAAUGGGUCAAGGUCAAGAAAAGGUGGCGUUGCAGCUGUUGGAGACGGCAGUGGCACGUGGGCAGUGGCUGAUGCUACAGAACUGCCACCUCUUGGUCAGAUGGCUGAGGGACCUGGAGAAGUCCCUGGAGAGGAUCUCUAAGCCCCACCCUGACUUCCGCCUAUGGCUCACCACAGACCCCACCAAAGGCUUCCCCAUUGGAAUCCUGCAGAAGUCCUUGAAGGUGGUCACGGAACCGCCCAACGGGCUCAAAUUGAACAUGCGGGCUACCUACUUCAAGAUCUCCCAUGAGAUGCUGGAGCAGUGCCCACACACCGCCUACAAGCCCCUGGUCUAUGUGCUGGCCUUCUUCCAUGCUGUGGUGCAGGAGAGAAGGAAGUUCGGCAAGAUUGGCUGGAACGUGUACUAUGACUUUAAUGAGUCUGACUUCCAGGUCUGCAUGGAAAUCCUGAACACGUACUUAACAAAAGCCUUCCAGCAGCGUGACCCACGGAUCCCAUGGGGCAGCCUCAAGUACCUGAUUGGAGAGGUCAUGUAUGGAGGACGGGCCAUUGACAGCUUUGACCGUCGUAUACUAACCACCUACAUGGAUGAGUACCUGGGGGACUUCAUUUUUGAUACUUUCCAGCCAUUCCACUUCUUCCGGAAUAAGGAUGUGGACUACAAGAUCCCCACUGGUGAUGUAAAGGAUAAAUUUGUUGAAGCCAUAGAGGCCCUCCCACUUGCUAACACACCAGAAGUGUUUGGUCUGCAUCCCAAUGCUGAGAUUGGCUAUUACACCCAGGCUGCUCGAGACAUGUGGGGCCACCUGCUGGAGCUGCAGCCUCAGACAGGGGAAUCUAGCAGUGGCAUCAGCCGUGAUGAUUACAUUGGCCAGGUGGCCAAGGACAUAGAAAACAAGAUGCCCAAGAUCUUUGAUCUGGAUCAGGUCCGGAAGCACCUUGGUCUGAGCAUAUCCCCCACCUCGGUGGUGCUCCUUCAGGAACUGGGGCGCUUCAACAAGCUGGUGCUGCGCAUGACCAGGUCUUUGGCCGAGCUCCAGAGGGCCUUGGCGGGAGAAGUGGGAAUGAGCAAUGAGUUAGAUGAUGUGGCCAAGUCUCUCUUCCUCGGGCAAAUCCCUAACAUCUGGAGGAAACUUGCCCCUGACACUUUGAAGUCCCUUGGGAACUGGAUAAUCUACUUCCUGCGGCGGUUCAGCCAGUACACACAGUGGGUCAACGAGAGUGAACCCAGUGUGAUGUGGCUCUCAGGGCUGCACAUUCCAGAAUCCUACCUCACAGCCCUGGUCCAGGCUACCUGCCGGAGGAACGGCUGGCCACUGGACCGGUCCACCUUAUUCACACAAGUGACUAAGUUCCAAGAUGCAGAAGAAGUGAAUGAGCGGGCAGGACAAGGGUGCUUUGUCUCAGGACUGUACCUGGAAGGUGCUGACUGGGACAUAGAGAGAGGAUGUCUUGUCAAGAGCAAACCAAAGGUGCUAGUUGUGGACCUGCCCAUCCUGAAGAUCAUCCCCAUUGAAUCUCACCGCCUGAAGCUGCAGAACACCUUCCGGACCCCUGUCUACACUACCUCCCUGAGGAGGAACGCUAUGGGAGUUGGCCUGGUAUUUGAAGCUGACCUCUUUACCACAAGACACAUCUCUCACUGGGUGCUGCAAGGAGUGUGCCUGACUCUGAAUUCUGAUUAA